AUGUCCUACAACUGUUCUACAAGGAACUGCUCUUCCAGGCCGAUUGGAGGACCCUGCACUGUCCCCGUGGCUCCAGCUGCCACAGCUUCUUCCCAUGAUGCCGACUGCCUGAGUGGCAUCUAUUUGCCCAGUUCCUUCCAAACUGGCUCCUGGCUCCUGGACCACUGCCAGGGGUCCACCUGUGAGUCCACUGCUUGCCAGCCAACCUGUUACCAGUCAAAUUCCUGUGUCUCCAGCCCUGGACAGGUGACCUGCUCUCGGCAAACCACCUGUGUCUCCAAUCCCUGCUCAACCACCUACAGCCGGCCAGUCACCUUUGUCUCUAGUGGCUGUCAGCCCCUGGGUGGCAUCUCUACUGUGUGCCGACCGGUGGGAGGAAUCUCCGCCGGGUGCCAACCGGUGGGGGGAAUCUCCACUGUCUGCCAACCAUCCUGCGGGGUCUCCAGGACGUACCAGCGGUCCUGCAUGUCCAGCAUGUCCAGCUGUCGAAGAACUUGCUAA